AUGGAUGGGGGGAACAGCUUCCCGCAGCACCAGCAGCCGAGCGCCGUCCUCUGUGCUGGUCCAGGCCUCUGCUGCCCUAACUGUUCUGCUCUCUCCUUGCAGAAUUCCAUGCUGGCCACCAACUCAUGGAGCAGCUGCUACCCUGCCUCGUUCCCCACCUCGUCUUUCCCAAGUGAAAACCAGCAAUAUUUGAACACCCCUCAGGAUUUUUAUACGGAUUCCAUCAGCAGAUCCAAUUUCUUGGAUACAAACUAUGCAACUGUGGACCCCAAUGAGGGUUUUCCUCAGGAUUCUUCAUACCUCGAUGAGCUCCCCAACAACAGCUCCCUCUUCUCGUCGCCCGCGGAUUCCCUCUCGGACAUCGCGGACCCCAAGGAUUUCCUGCCUGCUGACAGCCUGAACCACGUGCCAACGCUAUGGGAUGUGAACACACCGCAGCAGAACCAGAUCGAGCUAUUCUCAUCCAGCACACCGUUCCCAGGCCUGAACAGCUCCAAUGACCAUGUUUCUGCCAUCCCCAACACCCCUCUCCUCAUCAGCUACCAGUCUCAGACUCCUGCAGAGGAGGAGGAUGAAGCAGAGGAGGAAGAAACAGAAGAGUUGGGGCAAACGGAGACCUAUGCAGAAUACAUCCCUUCAAAGUCCAAGAUUGGGAAGCACCACCCUGACCUGGUGGUAGAGACGAGCACCCUGUCCAGUGUCCCCCCACCUGACAUCACCUACAGCCUCUCCCUGCCGAGCUCCGUGGCCGACAGAGGCUCACUCUCUGCACUACAGCUGGAAGCCAUCAUCUAUGCCUGCCAGCAACAUGAAGUUUUAUUGCCCAAUGGGCAGCGAGCUGGGUUCCUCAUCGGGGACGGCGCUGGAGUUGGGAAGGGCAGGACUGUUGCAGGCAUCAUCUUUGAAAAUUAUCUCAAAGGGAGGAAAAAAGCUCUGUGGUUCAGCGUCUCCAACGAUCUCAAGUAUGAUGCUGAGAGAGACCUGAAGGACAUCGAGGCCUCCCACAUUCCUGUGCAUGCCCUGAACAAGAUUAAAUACGGUGACACAGCUACCUCAGAAGGAGUUCUCUUCGCCACCUACUCCGCGCUGAUCGGCGAAAGCCAGGCGGGAGGACAGCACAGGACGCGCCUGAAGCAGAUCUUGGACUGGUGCAGGGAAAACUUUGAUGGAGUUAUCGUGUUUGAUGAGUGCCACAAAGCCAAAAACGCCAGCUCUACCAAAAUGGGCAAAGCAGUGCUGGACCUGCAGAACAAACUGCCUCGAGCAAGGGUUGUCUAUGCCAGUGCCACAGGUGCCUCGGAGCCAAAAAACAUGAUCUACAUGAGCCGCCUGGGGAUCUGGGGGGAGGGCACUCCGUUCCGAGCCUUCGAUGAGUUUCUGCAUGCCAUCGAGAAGAGGGGAGUCGGUGCCAUGGAGAUCGUGGCGAUGGACAUGAAAGUCAGUGGGAUGUACAUUGCUCGGCAGCUCAGCUUCAGCGGGGUGACCUUCAGGAUCGAGGAGAUCCCUCUGGACGAGCAGUACAAGGCUGUCUAUGACAAGGCAGCCAAGCUGUGGGCAGAGGCCCUGAUGGUGUUCCAGCAGGCAGCCGACUGGAUCGGCCUGGAGUCUCGGAAGUCUCUGUGGGGUCAGUUCUGGUCGGCUCACCAGCGCUUCUUCAAGUACCUGUGCAUCGCGGCCAAGGUGCGGCGGCUGGUGGAGCUGGCCCGGGAGGAGCUGGCCAGGGACAAGUGCAUUGUCAUCGGGCUGCAGUCCACGGGGGAGGCUCGCACCAGGGAGGUCCUAGAUGAGAACGACGGGCACCUCAACUGCUUUGUCUCUGCUGCAGAAGGCGUCUUUCUAUCACUAAUUCAGAAGCACUUUCCUUCAACCAAAAGAAAGAGAGACAAAGGAACUGGCAUUAAAAGAAAACGGAGGCCGAGGGGUCGCUGCCCCAAGGCUCUGAGGGGCCUCUGUGACCCCGUGGGGGUCAUCAAGAUCAGCGAUGACAGCAGCACCGACUCCGACAUGGGGCUCGACAGUGACUUCAACUCCUCCCCCGAGUCUCUGUUUGAGACGGACGAUGUCAUCUUCGUGGACAUGCACAAUGGCUGCGCCGAGGACAGGGGUAAUUUCCACCUGCUGCCUUCCCAGAAAGAGCUGCACAGCCUGAAAGAGCUGGAACACGUGGAGAAGAUGAAGCAAGACCUCCUAGCAAAAGUGAAAGCACUGGGCAAAGAGCUACCUCUCAACACCUUGGAUGAACUGAUCGAUCACUUUGGGGGCCCGGAGAAUGUGGCUGAGAUGACGGGGCGCAAGGGCCGUGUGGUGCGCAGACCCGACGGCGCCGUCGUCUUUGAGUCCCGCGCCGAGCAGGGGCUAUCCAUAGAGCACGUCAACCUCAAGGAGAAGGAGCGUUUCAUGAAGGGGGAGAAGCUCGUAGCGAUAAUCUCAGAGGCCUCCAGCUCAGGGAUCUCCCUCCAAGCAGACAGACGGGUGAAAAACCAGAGGCGCCGUGUCCACAUGACCCUGGAGCUGCCCUGGAGCGCUGACCGAGCCAUCCAGCAGUUUGGCCGAACGCACAGAUCCAACCAGGUCUCUGCUCCGGAGUACGUGUUCCUCAUCUCGGAGCUGGCAGGGGAGAGGAGGUUUGCAUCCAUCGUGGCGAAGCGCCUGGAGAGCCUGGGUGCCUUAACUCACGGGGACCGAAGGGCCACGGAGACUCGGGACCUGAGCAAGUACAACUUCGAGAACAAGUAUGGGGCCAAAGCCCUGGACAGGGUCCUGUCCACGAUCCUCAGCCACACAGAGAACAGGGUUCCUGUGCCCAAGAGCUACGAGGGAGGGGAGGCUGCCUUUUUCCAUGAAAUGAAGCAGGGUCUCAUCUCUGUGGGGGUCUGCUGCAGUCAGAUGAAGUACGGCACUGUCUUGGUGGAGAAGGACUGUUCCAUCACCAAGUUCCUGAACCGCAUCCUGGGCCUGGAGGUGGACAAGCAGAACAUGCUCUUCCAGUAUUUUUCUGACACCUUUGACUACCUGAUUGAGCAGGACAAGAAGGAGGGCAAAUACGACAUGGGCAUUCUGGAUUUAGCCCCAGGAGUGGAUGAGAUCUACGAGGAGAGCAAGGAGGUUUUCCUGACCCCAGGGCACCCGCAGGACGGGCAGGUCGUGUUCUACAAGAUCAGCGUGGACAGAGGCCUAAAGUGGGAGGAGGCGUAUGAGAAGUCUCUCAAACUGACAGGAGCCUUUGACGGGUUCUACCUCUCCAACAAGAUGCGAGGCAGCAAACACACCUGUCUGCUGGCAGAGCAGGGCCGUGGGAAGAACUUCACUCUCUACAAGCCAAACAUUGGGAAGCAAAGUCAGCCUGAGAGCCUGGAGAGUCUGCAGAAGAAGUACCAGCGGGUGCUGCCUGAGGAAGCCAAGGAGCACUGGGAGAGCAACUACCACUUCUCCCUGAAGAACUGUAACCACGCUGUGUGGAACAAGAGCUGCAAACUGAUCCAGGAGGGGAAGGAAUGCUUCCAGGGCAUGCGGCUGCGGCACUACUACAUGCUAUGCGGGGCCCUGCUGCGGGUGUGGAGCAGGAUCGCCAGCAUCAUGGCAGACAUCACCAGCAGCAGCUACCUGCAGAUCGUGCGCCUCAAGACCAAGGAGAAGAAGAAACAAGUCGGGAUAAAGAUCCCCGAGAGCUGCGUCCACAAGGUGCGCGCGGAGCUGAAGCAGAUGGACGAGGACGUCAAGAGGAAGCACAGUCGACUGCUGCAGGCCCAGGAGCAGAGCUCUCCCUUCUCCCUGCCCCUGCACCUCCUGCCCGGGCCCGGGCUGGCCCUGCCCCGGCACCCCCUGGGCCAGGACGAGAUCCUGGACUUGACCUACAGCCCUCCCAGCAGCAGCGUUCCCGACGCGGCGCUGAACCCGGAGCCCGGUGCGCUCUGCUUCUCCCCGGAGCCCUCCCUG